AUGUCAAAGCUCAAGCCACUCUCCGUGAACCCCGCCUAUCCUUCAAAAGUCGUGCGCCAACUCUCCCAGGUUUACGUCGAACUUCCAUCAUCUCCUUUCCGUCGCACCUCCAACACUCCCGAUAGCCUUCUUACUAUCACUUCCAAUCGACAAUCACACGGGGCUGAUAUGCCGAAAGAAAACGCCCCUUUACGUGCGCGGAAUGAGGAGCAUAUAUCGAGCGCGGGUAGCUCGCCCGUCGUUGUGCAACUUAAACGCAAGCGUUCUGCGCGCGACCUAGGACGCGAGGGGACAGAGCGUUCUGCGGUUCAGACCAAGAAGCAGAGGGUAUCUAGUGAUGUAAAGGCGAGGUCAGCAAACACUAAGGCUGAACCAUCGAAUGCGACGGAGGAGUACCCCGACGGAUUCUUCUAUUGUCACCAGUGCUCAAAGAAGAGAGAUUCAAACUGUAUAGACGCACGAGGUCGUUGCAGACUCAAAUAUUGCAAGGCUUGCCUCCUAAAUAGAUAUGGCCAAGAAUUAGACGAGAUCAAGUUCGGUGAUAUGAAAGUCUGUUCUGAGACGGCUGGUCACGUCGCAGAUCUAGGAUAUUAUUUCAAGAACCUGACAAUUGCGGCGAAGAAAUCAGGUGCGAAGUCGGUAGCGACGUUGCUCGCCGAUAACAUUGCCGCUACCGGUAUCUUGCCAGGAAAAGGGAAGCAGGUCGAGAAUGCUCCGAGAAAAUCGAGGGCUAGGGCCAAACCUGGGGUGACAACCGAUUCUGCAGAGGCUACCAGUGCGACGAAGCCUAAACGCCAAUAUAUUCGGAAACCCAAAGCGCUUCCCCAUCCUCGUUGGACGCCCCUCCCGGUCCCGUCUAUAUUUACACUGGAUACGGCCCUGGCACGAAUAGAGAUACGCGAAUUUGUUCUCAGGUUUGCAUCUCUCCUCAAAAUAUCCAACGCGCAUCUCAAUGAGCUCGAGGAGAUUGCUGGUGACUUCGUAGAUGAAGAUGAGGAAGAAAAGCUAAAGGAACAAGACCUUAGGUGGGUGAGUGCGACUUGCGUCACCGCUAUUGUUACUGGGUUGUUGGGUCUUGUGGCGAACAGCGAAGCCGUUGGCAGAGAUGGAAGAAAAACCAUUCAAGAUAGCCUCAAGAAAGUGAAAGCUUCCGGCGCAAACUUGACUAAAGUUUGGAGCGCAUUGUCCGACAUGCGUACUUCACUCCUCGAAGUGCCCAGUGGAACAGCCGCGACACUCACCUUCCCCGACCCUCUCCCUCUUCCGGCAAAUGCAUCGAUCCACACUACACGUAGCGGACAACAGCACAGUGGCGGCAUCUAUGUGGCGACCUCUGCGCAGCUCAUCCCAGUCCUCGUGCCACUCGUGGAUCUGGCACUGAGCAACUUCGCCGUCAGAGAGGAGAUUGAGGCUGGUAUGAGAGAAGUAAGGGACCCUCUGAAAUCAGAGCGAGAACAGGUCAAGCUCGAGAUGCAAAGAUGGGGAAGUGCUCGGCAUUCAACGCCCGCGCUACACAUCAAAGCGGCGCGAGCACAACAUAAACACGUACUGUCCGCUCUGGAACAAGCUCGUCGGCUGACUUCAUAUUCAUAUAUGCCACGCUUCAUCCCUCUCGGUAGGGACCACGAAGGGCGUAUUUACUUUGCACUAUCCCCGAACAUUGCAGAACGAGAGGCGGCAUUUGCCCUUCUCGACGGCAAGGCCAAAGCGGGAGGGAAAGCUCGCGGGCGAGCAGUCGUUAGUGAAGAAGACAGGCAGUCCAUGACACGUUGGAGUUGGUUCAUCAGUGUUUGGGGACGCAGGCCUGAAAGUACCAAAACUGUGGUUCAAGCCAAGGAACAGGCGAAGAGCUCAGACUCCGACGAGGACGAUACAGAUGUCGAGAAGUGGUGGGGCUUCUGGCAAUCGGAGGAGAUCCGAAAACUCGCCGAGUGGAUCACCAUCAAGACUGGGAUGGACGAGAAUGGCACAUGCCAUGCUGGAGAGGUCGAUGAAGAACGCGGGUCCGCUGACACUUGGAGUAGAAGCAGCAAGCAGGGUAACGGCGCAACUUUGUCGAGAGAUUCGAGCAGUGCUUUGACAGGCGACCCGGACGCUGGGAUACCAUCACGAGCUUCUUCAUCACUAGACCAGAUAUCUGACGACGACGCCGAAGGUGACGAGAUGUCAUCGCUGUCUACUGUUUCUGAUAGUGAGGACGGUGACGAGAUGCGGCAGCUCAUGCAAACAUAUACAGCAGGGAACAUCCCUUCAAAGCAAGAGCUGCAAAGCCUCGUAAAGAACUUGGUGGAGUACGCGGAAGUCUUGGAGUGGAGGGUUUGGCGCAUGCAGGAAGACGAUGGUAAAACUAUCGAAGACGGUAGGAAGGGCACAGACAAGGCAAAGUGA